AUGCGCUUGACUGGUAGUAUUUCCACCAUUUACCGCCGUUUCAGCUCGUCAGCAUCGGCCAUAAAAAAGGUUUUAAAUGACCUGAAUUUGCUUCCAUAUGGCUCUGGCUGCAACCCGGGUCUCUUUGGCAACGGCGCCAUCAGCGUGGCCUCCGGCGCCACUGUUGAAUCUAUCAAUCCAUGCGACUUGUCGCCAAUUGGUACGUUCAAAUGCGCUACCAAAGAAGAUACCUUAGCAGCCAUUGAAGGCGCUUUCCAGGCCAAAGAUAAAUGGGCAAGUGUCCCGGCGCCAGAGCGAGGCCAAUUUCUGGCUGCCGCAAGGACAGAAAUCUCUCGCCAAAAACAGGCAUUGGGAGCUCUUGUGUCGGCAGAAGUUGGAAAGACAUACCAGGAAGGCUUGGGCGAGAUCCAAGAGAUCAUUGACAUUUGCGACUACGCUAUUGGCCUCUCACGCAUGCUUCCGGGGAGCAUAUUUCCAUCUGAGCGACGAGGUCAUGUUCUGUUAGAAUCGUGGCGGCCUGCCGGAUUGACCGGGGUUAUUACUGCGUUUAAUUUCCCAGCGGCCGUGUUUGGGUGGAACGCCGCUCUGGCUUGGGUAUGUGGAAACCCUGUGAUCUGGAAGCCGGCCCUAUCGACUUCGCUGACAGCAAUUGCGCUGACUCGCCUGAUUCAGGAAGUGCUCAAGAAAAACGAACUCCCCCCUGAAAUAUGUUCCCUGGUCGUUGGCAGUGGAAUGGAAGUCGGAUCUACCUUGGUCUCUUCCGAUAAAGUUCCGUUGAUUUCAUUCACUGGGUCAACUGGCGUAGGCCGAUCCAUCGGGUCUACAGUGGCCUCUCGAUUUGGGCGUUCUAUUUUGGAACUCGGCGGCAAUAACGCUAUCAUCGUGAUGCCAGAUGCCGAUCUUGAUUUGGCUUUGCGGUCGGUUCUUUUUGCCGCCGUCGGAACCACGGGACAAAGAUGCACCAGUGCGCGAAGGCUUCUCAUUCAUUCGUCCAUUUAUGAAGAGUUUACAGCCCGGCUGGUGCAAGCUUACAAGAGCGUCAACAUUGGAAGCCCCUUUGAUCCGGAUGUCCAUUGUGGUCCUCUUCACACCAAAACGGCGCUUGAAAAGUAUACGCAGAUAUUGGAAAAGGAAGUUCCCGCUCAAGGGGGCCGUGUUCUUGCUCAAGCUGGAAGUCUUCCGCAAAUGAAGGGGUAUUUUGCUAGGCCUGUGUUGGUUGGCGGACUGCCAUCACACGCACCUUUGCUUCAGGAGGAGGCCUUUGUGCCGAUCUUAUACCUUGUCCCGUUCGAGUCAUUUGAAGAGGCCGUGGAUAUCAACAAUGCGGUUCCGCAAGCACUUUCCAGCUCGAUUUUUACAAAAAACUUGGAACAUGUUAUGAAGUGGACAUGUGACGCCUCCACCAAAGCAAGCUCAGAGUGCGGCAUCGUCAAUGUCAAUGUGCCCACAAACGGAGCAGAAAUUGGCGGCGCUUUUGGAGGAAACAAGGCGACCGGCUGGGGAAGAGAGUCUGGAAGCACCUCCUGGCAGCAGUACAUGACUCGACACACUUGCACCAUCAACUAUUCCAGGGACCUGCCCCUUGCGCAGGGCAUCAAGUUCGGAUAG